AUGCACAUACAAAUAAAUGAACUUGGAGGGGUGGGCCGCUUCCAUUACGUGCUGGUGACUGUCUGCGGCUUCUGCCUCAUCUCCAUGAUUUUCGAGUCUCUGGCGGCGGCCUACGUCACGCCGGCGGCCCAGUGCGACUUCGACAUGACGUCAUUCGAAAAGGGCUUCCUCAGCGGAACCAUCUACGUGGGCAUGAUCGUGAGCUCGCACCUGUGGGGCUUCGUGGCGGACACGCGCGGCCGGCGGCAGGUGCUGCUGGUGACGCUCGCCCUCAACUUCGUGUGCUCUGUGGCGGCCGCCCUCAUGCCCACGCUGCCUCUCCUCAUAUUCUUCAGGUUCCUCAACGGCGUCUGGAUCUGCGGACCCUCUGCCGUGACGUACGCCUACCUGGGGGAGUUCCACUCGGACAAGACGCGCACCCAGGCCAUCGUCUACGUCUGCAUCUUCCUCUCCAUGGCGCUCCUCGUGGAACCAGGACUGGCUUGGGUGUUGAUUCUGCAGGACAUAGGAUCGUCAACUACUGUGAGUCACCAUCUGCUUCUGGGUCUCUUCCUGAUCCAGAGUUCAGUGUUUCAGGACUGGUUUGAACCUCUUCCUGAUCCAGUACUCGACGUUUCAGGACUGGCCUGGGCGGUGAUUCCUCAGCCCUGGGCUGCCCCGCUGCCGUGGAUCACGAUGCGGUCCUGGAGGGUUUUCCUGAUCCUGGGCGCUGUUCCCAGCGCCGCCACCUUCCUGGGGCUGUGGCUGCUGCUGCCGGAAAGCCCCAAGUUCCUGCUCGCUGUCGGCAGGCACGACGAAGCGCUCGACGUCCUGCGCAAGAUGUUCGCCACCAACAGCGGCCUCCCACCGCAGAAGUACCCAGUGGCGGCCCUGCAGGGGGACGCGCUGACGUCAUCACCAGUGGGCGUCAACACCAAGUCGCCGCUGGCGAUCGCUCGCCACAUGUGGAGGCAGACGGUCCCGCUGUUCAAGCCGCCAUACCUGCUCUACACCGUCGUCGCCUGCUUCAUUCAGUUCGGGCUCUACGCCAGUUCCAACGGCUUCCUCAUCUGGCUGCCAGAGUUGCUGAACCGCAUGGGCCAGUACGGUGAGGCCUACCCCAACCACCCUGCCACUGUGUGUGACGUCAUCGCCGUGCUGGCGGGCCAGCUGCCACCACCAGUCACUGUGGAACUGCUCCAGGCCAACUACUCCAGUGUGACGGAGAGCUACACAGCAGCUGAGGAUGUGAUAGUCAGCAACUGGACAGUAGAGCUCCUGAGCGCAGAGCGUGGAGCCAACUGGACUUCCACCGUGCCGGAUGCGAUGGCGAGCAACCUGACCAGCUGGGUCGGGGACGUCACCACUGGGGCUGCUUCCCUGGAACUGCCUCCAGCACUGGAGGUGUGCGUCGCCACAGUGAACCCAGUGAGCUUCCAGAAUACGCUCAUCACGGGCGCGGGCUUUGCCGUCAGCUACAUCGCCAUCAGCCCCAUUAUCAAGGUCGUCAGCAAGAAGACCAUCCUCGCGGUGUGCCUGACGGUGUCCGGGGCGUGCGGCGUGGCCGUACUGUGGGCGCAGACCGACCUGGAGGUGCUGCUGCUGCCGAUGGCCUUCAUCGUCCUCUCCGGGAUGUGCGUGUCCGUCGUCAACGUCGUCGUCGUCGAUACCGUCCCCACCUAUCUCAGAGCCAUGGCGGUGUGCCUGUCGCUGUGUUUCGGCCGGCUGGGCACCUUCAUCACAUCACUCAUGCUGGGUGCCCUCAUAGACUCCAACUGCGUCCUCGCCAUCGCCAUCCUUGGAGGAUACGUCGUUGCAUGCGGCCUUGCAUCGACAUUGCUGCCAUCAGAAGCGAAGUUGAAGGAGCUACGUGGCUGAGGGUGUCCACACCGGCAUCGGCUGUUCUUUCUCCGGA